AUGUCACAUAGACUCCAAAGGAAGAAUAUUGAUAAAGAAAUUGCUGGAAAGUUGAUUCGUGUUCUUGCUACAAACCCAUACGUGAAGACAUUUCGAAGACUUGCUGAUCUAGUGCCGCUUGACAAUUAUAGAGUCACUUUAAAUGCAUCGGUAGAACUUGAUCAAAGGGUAUACAACCGACUAACCACAUCUGAGGUCGCUGGUAUUUGGGUUGAAGGUAACGACAACAUAGCCGCAUAUAAACGAAGUAUUAUCGUUUAUGGAAAAUCUGAGAAACCGCAAACAAUUCAAUCUUAUUGGGGAUGUUAUGAUCCAUUGUGUUAUCCUUUAUUUUUUCCUAACGGUGAGUCUGGAUGGCAUUUAAAAAUCCCAAGACAUGGAUUUUCCAUCAAUGAUAUUAUUAAUGACGAUGAAGACAUCGGGGAUGAUUUAGAAGACUCUAAUACAAAAAAAGGGCGGAAUACUGUAUCUAUGCGAGAGUACUACUGCUAUAAGUUUCAAAUUCGGCCAAAUUAUAAUGUAAUUUUGUUGAGAGGGAGAUUGCUACAACAGUUUGUAGUAGAUAUCUACAUCAAGCUUGAGACUUCACGUUUGGAUUUUUAUAGAAAAAACCAGUCCAAAAUAAGAGCAGAUUUAUACCAAGGUGUAGUGGAUUGUGUUAAUGCUGGUGAGGUUCGACCGACUAUGAUAGGGCAAUGUGUCGUGUUGCCUGCAAGUUUCAUCGGAGGACCCCGUGACAUGCGGCGACGAUUUCUUGACGCCAUGACUUUAGUUCAAGAUGACGGGAAGCCUGACAUAUUUCUUACAAUGACAUGCAAUCCAAAUUGGCCAGAAAUAAAAAAUGAGUUACUACCUUGGCAGACGGCCCAAGAUCGAUCAGAACUUGUGUCAAGAGUUUUUCGUGCUAAGUUAGAGGAUCUUAAGAAACAACUCCUCAAUAAGCAUGUACUUGGUGUAGUGGGUUCGUACGUUUAUGUCAUUGAGUUUCAAAAGCGUGGUUUGCCGCAUGUGCAUUUCCUCUUGAUAAUGAUGCCUCCAUACAAGCUUACUAAUGCAGACCAUUACGACAAAAUAGUAUGUGCUAAAAUUCCAGACCCAAUAAGGUAUCCUAAAAUGCACGAAUUGGUCAUCUCACACAUGAUACAUGGUCCUUGCGGUAGCUUAAACUCUGAUUGUCCUUGUAUGAAUAAUGAGCAAAAGAAAUGUCGUUUUAGAUACCCUCGACAAUUCAAUGAAACAACAUUACAAGGAAAGGACUCAUAUCCUGUGUACCGAAGAAGAGAUAAUGGUAUAGAGGUGGACAUACUGGGCAAUAAGAUGGAUAACAGAUGGGUUGUCCCGUAUAACCCAAAGUUGUUAAUGAUGUUUAACUGCCAUAUGAAUGUUGAAGUCUGCUCGAGUAUAACCUCUGUGAAAUAUGUGUUUAAGUAUAUUUACAAGGGCCAUGACAAACAAGUUAUCAAUAUUGAUCCGGAUGGACAACCAGUUGUUAUCAAUGAGAUAAAACGGUAUCAGGAUGCACGAUAUGUCUCACCUCCUGAGGCAAUAUGGAGGAUUUUUAGGUUCCCCCUUUCUCAGAUAUACCCUUGUGUGAUGGCUUUGCAGGUGCAUCUCCCAAAUCAACAGUUAGUUAGGUUCAGUGAGGAUGAUACACUGCCUAGCGUUGUUGAAAAGGAGAGAGAUAAUAGAUCAAUGGUGACUGCGUUUUUUCUAAAAAAUAAAGAAGAUAUUCGUGCAAGAGAAUAUAAAUACAGAGAUUUUCCUAAAAAGUUUACGUGGGAUCCGAUGUCACAUCGUUGGAAUCAUCGAAAACUAGGAUUAAUGCGAGGUCGUUUGGUUUCUGCUAAUCCUGCUGAAGGGGAGCGAUACUACCUUCGCCUACUUUUAUUUCAUAUUAGUGGCCCUACGUGUUUUGAAGAUCUGUAUACGGUCAACAAUAUAAAAUACCCAACAUUUCGGAAAGCAGCUCUUGAAAGAGGCUUAAUAGAGUCCGAUGAUGGUUUGUCUCAAUGUCUUACAGAGGCAUCUUUGUUUCAAUUUCCCAAUGCUCUUAGAAGGUUGUUUGCAACAAUAUUGAGGUUUUGUGAGCCAGGAGAUGUUCGUAAGUUAUGGCAUGAGCACUACAAUGGACUUUCAGAAGAUUAUAGACGACAAUACGGCAGUGUUGAGAGAGUCCAGAAUAUUGUCCUCACUGAAAUCAUGGUAUUCCUACAAUCUAUGGGUGACCGCAUUGAUGAUUUUGAUCUUCCAAAAAUAAAUCAAAAUGUGGAUUUAGAAUUUGGAGUUUUUCGUGAGGUACAAGAAGAAUGCUCUAUUGUUUUAGAACAUGAACAUUUACAAGCCCGAGAUUCUCUCAAUCCCGAACAAACGUUUGCAUAUGAUGAGAUCAUGCGGCAUGUCCAUAAUGAUAUUCCUGGAGUGUUCUUCAUAGAUGGUCCUGGUGGAACAGGAAAAACAUUUUUGUACAAAGCUUUACUUGCUAAUAUUCGUUCGUGUGGUCAUAUUGCACUCGCGACUGCUUCAUCUGGUGUUGCGGCUAAUAACAUGCCCGGGGGAAGAACAACUCACUCUCGCUUUAAGAUUCCUAUCAAUCUUGAAAAUAACUUAGUCUGUAAGAUUUCAAGACAAAGUGGUACUGCACAACUACUUCGGACUGCAAAAGUAAUCAUUUGGGACGAAGCGUCGAUGGCUAAAAGACAUGCAUUGGAGGCGGUGGACCGUACAAUGAAAGAUAUCACUGGGGUGAUGCUCCCAUUUGGUGGAAAGAUAAUGGUUUUGGGAGGUGAUUUCAGACAAGUAUUGUCGGUCGUUAGACGUGGAACACGAGCACAGACCGUGGAUUCUAGCAUACGUAUGUCACCUCUUUGGUCUUCGAUUACCAAGUUGCGGUUAACUAUAAAUAUGAGAGCACUAACCGAUCCAUGGUUCUUAGACUUUCUAUUACGUGUCGGUGAUGGAGUUGAAGAAACGGUGCACAAAAACUUUAUUCGCAUCCCUGAUGAUAUGGUAAUUCCCUUCACUAAAAAAGAAAAGUCAUUGCAUGCUUUGAUUGAUGCAAUCUUUCCAUCCUUUGAAAUUAAUAGAUCUGAACCAGAUUAUAUAAUUUCGCGUGCAAUAUUAUCCACAAGAAAUGAUAGUGUCGAUGAGAUUAAUGAUUAUUUGAUCGGCCGAUUCCAUGGAGAAGAGCGAAUUUACUAUAGUUUUGAUGAAGCCGUGGACGAUAUAAAUAACUUCUAUCCUGUGGAAUUCUUGAACACGCUCAGUGUUAGUGGUUUGCCCCCUCAUUACUUAAGACUGAAAGUUGGAUGCCCGAUAAUACUGUUACGGAAUCUCGACCCGUCAAAUGGAUUAUGUAACGACACCCGAUUGAUAUGUAAAAGUUUUCAGCACAAUGUCAUUGAUGCCGAAAUAGCUGUUGGUCAACAUGCUGGAAAGAGGGUAUUUUUGCCAAGGAUUCCUCUAAGUCCGUCUGAAGAUGACAUGUUCCCGUUCAAGCUGAAGAGAAAGCAAUUUCCAAUUCGAUUAUGUUUUGCAAUGACAAUAAAUAAAGCUUAG